AUGAUUGACAUUUUUCAAGGGGAAAACAGUUUUGACGAAGCUGAAGACGUUCAGCACAACUUCUAUCUGGUCGAGUUCUUAAACUCGCUAAAUGUUAGUGGUUUGCCGCCUCAUAAGCUUCGUAUAAAAAUUGGAUGCUCAAUAAUAUUGUUACGGAAUAUCGAUCCAUCACAUGGCCUGUGUAAUGGCACGCGGUUGAUAUGUAAAGGUUUCAUGCGAAAUGUUAUUGAUGCGGAAAUUGCAGUCGGUCAACAUGCCGGAAAAAGAGUUUUUAUGCCAAGAAUCCCUCUAGCCCUUUCUGAAGAUGACAUGUUCCCAUUCAAGCUGAAAAGAAAACAAUUUCCAAUUCGAUUUAGCUUUUCCAUAACGAUUAAUAAAGUUCAAGGUCAAACAAUUCUGCACCUUGGUAUUUAUCUACCGGAUUCUGUAUUUUCACAUCGACAACUUUAUGUGGCAUUAUCAAGAGGGAUUUCAAGACAAAAUAUGAAGGUGUUGGUACAUCUCGCCAAAGUUUUUAUACAACGCGGAGUUUACACAUCAAAUAUUGUCUACAAGGAAGUGUUCAUGUGUCGAAAUCUGGUACAGUAG